AUGCUAGACUCAAACUCCAUAUGUAAAGUGCCACCAAAUGGCAUAAUACCGGUGAAAGAGUUCAACUAUGAAGAGCUCGACUGUUUUUUGGAGCUUCUGUAUACUGGGAGCUUGCCUGAAGAAAAAGUGGAGAAGCAUGUACGGUUUUUGUCACUAGCUGAUGAUAAGUAUGGCAUCCCAUACUUAAGGAAGUUUUGUGAGCGUCACAUGCUUGGGUGCUUGAAUUCAUCGAAUGCUAUUGAUGCUUUGGAGACUUCAGUCAUUUGUUCCUACGAAUCCCUCAAGAAAACAGUUGUAGACUUCAUUGUCAACAACGCAUAUGAUAUAGUCUCCUCAGAUCGAUAUGCUCAAUUUGCACACGAGCGACCAGAUCUCAAUGUGGAGAUAACAAGGGCAAUUGUGAUGCAAGGUAAAACUGAAAAAUAA